AUGACUUCCUUUGGUUUCUGCACGUUGUACUUCUGCAUCGUACUCACUCCACGCAGGAGCGCCUGGAGCGGUGGUGGAAGCGGCUCUGACGGCAGGCUGGUGCCCGGACAGAGGCUCUCUCCGCCGGAUAGCUGCAGCUCGCCUGAACACCCCCUCUACUCACCUGUUUGUAAAGGAUUCUCUCAGAGCAGAAAACACCGGAUCACCACCGUCCGGAUGAGGCGUCACGCACAAGAGCUACUUAUACUUUCAGAACACAUAAUAAAACUGCUGAAAGGACUGAAUCCCUGUAGGUCUGCAGCUCUUCUGGGCUCUAUAGCCGGGCCCUACCUCACCAGGCUGUGGCCUCGCGACCACCUUCUGCACGAGCCACUGAUCUGCUCCAGCAGGGAGGACCACUCAGCAAAGAGCGACUGCCCCCCCCCCUGCAGUGCAUCACCAUCACCUGCACCCCCCCAGCACACCUGCACAGCCAGACACACACAGCAGUUUUCUAUGUCGAAGUCGGCCCAGAUGCCGCUGUCCAACAUCACGGUGCCGAAGCCCUCCAUCUCCAGGGUCCCCAGCAGCAUGGAGGGCAUCAACCAUGAGCUGGAGAAGGUCUUCAUCCGGGACAACGGGGACAAGGAGGAGCUCAAGUCCCUGGAGGUCCCUGACGGGCGGCGGGCCCCCUUCCCCCCCCAGCAGCGCAGCAGUGUCGACCCUCAGACCCCCUCGGCCCCCGGGCGCUCCAGCAGCUGCUCCAGCCUGUCGCCCUGCCCAUCGCCCGCCCCCCCACCGGGGUCACAUGACGGCAGCCCCUACUCCACCGAGGAGCUGCUGUACGACCGCGACAAAGACAGCGGCAGCAGCUCUCCUCUGCCUAAGUUUGCCUCCUCUCCCAAACCCAACAACAGCUACAUGUUCAAGAGGGAGCCGCCGGAGGGCUGUGAGAAGAUCAAGGCCUUCGAGGAGAGCAGCUCCCGGACCCCCCCCUCGGCCUCGGCCCCCCUCUUUUCCUGCCCCGACAAGAACAAAGUCAACUUCAUCCCGACGGGCUCGGCGUUCUGCCCGGUCCGACUCCCCGGGUUGCUGCCCCUCCCCCCGGCCCCGGAGGAGGCGGAGCUCCCGGGGCCCUCUGCGCUGCACGGGGCCCCCACUCAGGUCUCCACCAGCACCAGCACAGACGAGCCCCCCGAGGAGGAAACCCCCUCAGAGACUGCAGACCCCCCCACAGACAGCUGAGCAGAGCUGGCCUCUGAGACUUUUCUGUCCCCUGCACCCCCCCUAUAUCUCUGCAUGACACCACCGCCACCAACGAAGAAGAAGAAGACACAGUGGUUCCCAACCGGGGGAACGGGCCCCCCUAGGGGUACUUUAGGGGAUUGCAGGGGGCGUAGAUUAGGGACUUGUAUUUAUUUGCACACCAAACAUUUUAAAUUCAUCCUGGUGUCCGAGAGUCCCCGUUUACCGAGUGGACGGUUUUGAGUGUAACACCGCUGUAGUUCACGUUCAUGCCGCGGCGGCGUGCUUAUCAACUAGCAACGUAACGGUAACAAUGGGUGCAUGGUUAGGGAUUAACGUACCGGUACCAUCACUGCAGAGCCGGGUUUAGGAGACCUGAGUGAUGUAAACAGAUCUACUAUGAACCAGUCCAGCUGCAGCGGCACCAGAGCCCCAAAACAACGGGAUUUCUCCGCAGGGUUUUGGAGAAUAGCUGGAAAUAAGGUCUGAGGUGGACAUUUAGAGAUGCGUCAGCAGUGAUGUGCGUAAAAGUAGGUAGACAUGUGGAGAUUAUCCGGCUGAACCAAACAUUUAUCAAACACGUUCGUUUUCCACAGAUCUUAUUUCACAAUAUUCCAAAAGCCUCCGGAGAAAUCACAUUGCCUUUUUGUCGAGGGAACCCGUGCAGCUUACUUCUGGGUCGGCCUACAGAAAUACGUCAUCCCUGCACCGCUCUAUAACAAAGGGUUAAACACGAGUAGGUGAAUACUCACCGAUGGGGGGGGGGCUAGACUAAAAAAAGGUUGGGGACCACUGUGUUUAAACCCUGUCCUGCAUACUGAGUGGAUGCACCCAUCAUGCAGCAGCGGGGGGGAGGAUAGAUGGUUUUUUUGGGGGGGCAUGCAUUUUAAACUGGUAGUAUAUUUCAGAUUAAAUUAUGUGUUGUGUUCAGUUCAACAUCCACAGUAUGAAUAAGCUCUCUCUCUCUCUCUAUAUAUAUAUAUAUCGCAUAUUAUACCCCCCCCCUGUGUAUUUCUGUGUGAUGUUAGAAAACACUAAUCAGGAUCCUGUUCGGGUCACAUGGUGGUCUAGACGCCGGGUUUAUGAUAGAGAUGUAGAGUAGGGGUCUCCAGCUCGUAGAAGCUGCCGGAUGCUGACCUGCAGAUGUUGCACAAUUAGCAUUGGUUGUGUUAAUUAGCGUUAUAGCAUGUUUGGAUUGGCGGAUUUGGACAGGUCAGGAGUGGUUGUGGAGGUUAUUGAGGACGCUGUGUCCAUUACUGGCAUUUUCAGGAUCAACAAAAGCAGUUUUAACCAGAAAGUGGCCAUAUUUGUACUCCUGGUGGGUCAAAUUUGAAGAUUCAGGGGACUCUUGAUCAUGUGGAUUGGACAGAUUGAUUAUUUAUUGGAAUAAGUAAUCAUCCACAGUAGAGGUUAUGGUGUUAAUCUUGACCUCUCUGUAUCCACUGGUCUCAUAACUUCUCUAAAUCAGCCACAGAGAGUACACAUAUGGAUGCUUUCUGGUUAAAACUGGCAUUUUUCAUCCUGAAAAUGUCAGAAAUGGACUCAACAACCCCUGAAACCACUGCCAAACUGUCCAAAUCUACCAUGCAAUUGUUGAACUAUUGUCCAUAUAAGCUACAAUGCAAAUUGCCCAACAUAUGCAGGUCAGCAUCCUGCAGUUUCUAUGUGCUGGAGACCCCUACUAUACAUUUCUAACAUCAAACUGUGGGGUGUCCACAGACUAGACUAUUGUUUAACCCAGUGUGGGAAAAGAGAAGCGUAAUGUGCAGAGAGGAGGCUGUUUGCACAGUGCCUGCAUCGGGCCUCGCUUCAGGUAUUCUACAAUCAGAGUGUGUACUCAGGUAAUCUGGAAUGAAUGUCCAUACAGAUAUCUGCAGCUCCACAAUGCAGAACACAUCCACUCAUUCCUCUCUCUCAUUCCCAGAUAAACAAUCCCUCCCAGAGCUUCCCUGCAGACGGGGAGCAGGCGGCGGUAAAGCUGUGCAAGCGUUUUCUCCUCAGAUAGGAAGUUCAAGCUCAGAUUUAUGAGCCAAAGAUUUCGGAUGCUGCAGGAUGGACAGACUACAGGUCAACAUGAGUUCACAUUGAGGGGAAGCUUGAAACCUUGCCAAGUCUCUCAGCAGAAUGUGUCUUUACUCUUGAUGUAACACAUGCUAACUUCAGAGAUAGGGUCUGGUUUGCAUCUGAAUGCUUCUUCAGGCCUCUUGACAUCAUCUUAUGCUGAUCUCAGGAGUUGUUUUAAGCUGAAGAAAUUAAUCUUUAAAAACCCACAUUUUUAUUAUAAAAUCACCAGAGAACUUUUGAGCAUUUCUGGCUCCUUCUUUAACAAAUGGUUCCUGAAUCUGGUCACAUAUAGUUCAGAGGAGGAUUUCCCAGCUCACUACAGGAUCUGAUUUAUCUAAAUGUCCCAUCUUAUUUCAGGAAAUGUUCACUUGUUUUAUUGGUGGAUUUUUCUACUUAUAACUAAUUAAUGACGACAGGAUUCUGGUAGAAAUACCAACAAAACAAACAUGGGGAGACAUUUUUGUGACGGACAGCAGAGCUGAUUAUUUUUAGCAUUUUCUUAAAGAUAUGUAAAUAGCAAAACAAGCUUUAUUUGGCACCUUAAUAUACGUACUGCAUUAUUAUUGCUGAACACACGUCUGUCAGCAGCAGGGUUGGAUACCCAGUGGAUGUAACGUCAGACGGAUAUUGUUGAAUAUUAAAUGUAAUAUCUGGUUUUGCAGAAUUAGCUCCACAGUUAGGGCCUCUCGGUCAGCAGCAGCAUGUAGACACCGUUAGCACAGCUUCUUCCUCCGGCCUGCUCCACAGACCGAUAACCCGCUCACAUCCCGGCACACUGAAGCAUUCCUGAGACCGACAUAGCCCGACACAUUCCUAAAAUAUCUCUCAGCCUUUUGAUUCGCUCUGUGUGUGUGUGUGUGUGUGUGUGUGUGUGUGUGUGUGUGUGUGUGUGUGUGUGUGUGUGUGUGUGUGUGUGUGUGUGUGUGUGUGUGUGUGUGUGUGUGUGUGUGUGUGUGUGUGUGUGUGUGUGUGUGUGUGUGUGUGUGUGUGUGUGUGUGUGUGUGUGUGUGUGUGUGUGUGUGUGUGUGUGUGUGUGUGUGUGUGUGUGUGUGUGUGUGUGUGUGUGUGUGUGUGUGUGUGUGUGUGUGUGUGUGUGUGUGUGUGUGUGUGUGUGUGUGUGUGUGUCGUGGUUUAUGGACACAUUUCAGCACCUUAAAGAGCUUUGGCUUUCCCCAGUGUUCCCAGUAUACUUGGCAUUGGUUCCCUUCAAUGUGUGCAAUAACAGGAAGACCUCGUGUUGCCCCCCCCCACACCCCCAUCCCCCAGAUCUUUGACCGAGCAUCUUGCAUUCCUUUGGUUUUAAAUACGGAGGAUUUUGUUGGUGAAGUAAAUCCGAGUGACAUCAGCGAGGGUCCUCCUCCACUUCCUGUGUACCCUGCAGCGUUCAUGCACAACGGCAAUAAAAAAGACAUUUGUCCACGUCGUCUUUCUUUUUGACAAAUGUGUUUGAAUAAAUAAAUAAUCACAACGAUGCAGCUAACAGACAUGAUGUACUGUAGGAAAUGUACAAAUAUUAGUAAUAAAUAAUCCUAAUUCAAAUUAA